CUAUUGUUUACUUCCGGUUCAGUGAAACUCUCCGCUGCGCGCUAAAUUCAAGUGUCUUCAGAUGGAUGUCAGAAUGGAUGGUGACAGAAUGGAAGUCUUCAGCGAGCCUCUUCAAAACGGUGGUGGCGUCAGCAAAAAUAUUCACGUUGAAGUCAGUGUAAAAUCCAGCAGCACUGCAAAGAGAUCUGAAAUAAGAAAGUGCACACUGGCACUACUGAACCGACACCGCAUGGUAUUCGGAAACUACAAGUGGACUGAGUUCGAUGAAGAUUUCCUCAGUGCGAAUGUAGAGUCUGUGGCCAUUGUGGAUGCAGAAAGAGAGCCAAUUGAUUUGAAGAAUUGCAAUCUGACUGUGUAUGUUUACUCCCUGAGUGAAGAUGAGCCCAGCAUGCUUGCCCUGGAGGAGGGCCAAGAGCUGUCGGCAGCUAGUUCCUGGCUUCUACCAGCAGCUGAGUUCCAUGGUAUAUGGGAGAGCCUUGUCUAUGAUGGUGAAGUCAAAACUCAGCUUUUGGACUACGUGUCCACAACGAUUUUCUUCUCGGACAAAAAUGUGGACAGCAACCUGAUUGCAUGGAACAGAGUGGUUCUACUUCACGGACCCCCGGGCACAGGGAAAACGUCACUGUGCAAAGCACUCGCCCAGAAGCUUUCCAUCAGGCUGUCAAACAGGUACACUUACGGCCAGUUUGUGGAGAUAAACAGCCACAGUCUUUUCUCUAAGUGGUUCUCGGAGAGUGGGAAACUUGUCACACGGAUGUUCCAGAACAUUCAGCAGUUGAUAGACGACAAAGAUGCUCUUGUUUUUGUUUUAAUUGACGAGGUGGAGAGCUUAACGACGGCCCGUAACGCGUCGCAAGCUGGCACGGAACCCUCGGAUGCCAUCCGCGUCGUCAACGCCGUCCUCACGCAGCUAGACCAAAUCAAGCGACAUCCCAAUGUAGUCAUCCUGACCACCUCUAAUGUGUCUGAGAAGAUUGACCUGGCCUUUGUGGACCGCGCAGACAUUAAGCAGUACAUCGGGCCUCCCUCAACAGAAGCCAUCUUUGGCAUCUACCAGUCCUGCCUGGAGGAACUGAUGAAGUGUCAGAUCAUCUACCCUCGGCAGCAGCUGCUCACCAUGUUUGAGCUGCAGACUAUGGACUUCAAAGAGAGCAACGUAUCCCAGCUGAGCCUGACCCUCAGGAACAUCGCCAUAAAGAGCAAAGGCCUGAGUGGAAGGGCUCUUCGAAAGCUCCCCUUCUUGGCCCAUGCCCUCUUCGUGAAGGCUCCUACUAUUUCCCUGGAGGGAUUCUUAGUGGCUCUGGAUAAGGCUGUGGAUAAACAGAUAGAGGAACGAAAACAUCUAGUCAACUCUGUAUGACCACACACACACACUCACUCUCACUCUCACUCUCUCUCCCUCUCUCUCUCACACACACACACACUUAUGACUUACUCACUCUUUAAAACACUGACUUACACACAGAGACCUAUACAGUUCAUUGUCUAACCAAAUUAUCCAUCUAAACGGUUUGUUGUUUUGCAUGAAGCAUACAUAUUUUGACCCAACAUCUUAGUUCCUCGGGCACAGCAAUUUUGUGCUGUUUACAUGAGUGAGUUUUAAAUACCCUAACGUGUUGCUUGAAUUUAACCACAGGACUGCUACCUAUGUACUGUGGAGCUUUGGCCAAGUCUAGCACUUUUAUUUUUGUUUCUUUUCUUCCCCCCUCUGUAUUUUAACCCUUACAAUCUGUGUUUGUUAAAUGUAAUAAAGUAUGUAAAUAUAUCUGUGCCAAAUUCCAAAUAUCAGUUUUGAAAGCAAACAGAUUUCCCUAAGGUGGGGUUUGUUUUUUUAGACAAGUCAACUGGUGUUGAAAGUUCAACAGCUUCAGCCAAACAUUGUUUUGUUGUGUGUUGUGAGUUUUUUAUAUCAUUUGUGUACCUCUAAUUGUUUGUAUUAACUUUUCAUUAAAACUAUUUUUUAUCA